GCGCCGCCAGGGCCCUGCUCCGCGCCGCCUGCCUCGCGCCGCUCCCGCCCCCGCCGCAGCCCGCGCGCCCCGCCCGGCCCGGCCCGGCCCGGCCGCCAGCAUGUCGCGGCGGCGGCACAGCGACGAGAACGAUGGAGGACAACCUCAUAAAAGGAGGAGAACAUCUGAGCCAUCUGAAAUUGAAGAGAGACUGGAAUCUUUAAUAUGCAGAGUGGGAGAGAAGAGUACUUCUUCUUUGGAGAGCAACUUGGAAGGCCUAGCUGGUGUCUUGGAGGCUGAUCUGCCAAACUACAAAAGCAAGAUAUUAAGAAUUCUUUGUACAGUUGCACGUCUGUUACCAGAAAAGCUUACCGUUUACACAACAUUAGUUGGGUUGUUGAACGCCAGGAACUACAAUUUUGGUGGGGAAUUUGUAGAAGCUAUGAUUCGUCAGCUCAAAGAAUGUUUGAAAGCCAAUAUGUAUAAUGAAGCUGUGUAUUUAGUUCGUUUUCUAUCUGACCUUGUGAAUUGUCAUGUAAUAGCUGCGCCUUCAAUGGUAGCCAUGUUUGAGAACUUUGUGAGUGUGAGUCAAGAGGAAGACGUGCCCCAGGUGCGAUGUGACUGGUAUGUGUUUGCAUUUCUGUCAUCUCUGCCCUGGGUUGGAAAGGAACUGUAUGAGAAGAAGGACGCUGAGAUGGACCGCAUUUUGUCCCAGACUGAAAGCUAUUUGAAACGGCGUCAGAAGAUCCAUGUUCCCAUGUUACAAGUUUGGUCUGCUGACAAACCUCAUCCGCAAGAAGAGUAUUUAGACUGCCUUUGGGCUCAGAUUCAGAAGUUGAAAAAAGAUCGCUGGCAGGAAAGACACAUUCUGAGGCCCUAUCUUGCCUUUGACAGCAUCCUCUGUGAAGCACUGCAGCACAAUCUGCCUCCUUUCACUCCACCACCUCACACUGAAGAUUCAGUUUACCCUAUGCCGAGAGUCAUCUUUAGAAUGUUUGACUACACAGAUGAUCCUGAGGGUCCUGUUAUGCCUGGCAGUCAUUCAGUUGAGAGAUUUGUAAUAGAAGAGAAUCUUCACUGCAUCAUCAAAUCCCACUGGAAAGAGAGAAAAACGUGUGCUGCACAGCUACUGAGCUAUCCAGGAAAUAACAAGAUCCCUUUGAACUAUCACAUAGUUGAGGUAGUAUUUGCAGAACUGUUUCAGCUUCCAGUUCCUCCACACAUUGAGGUCAUGUACACAACACUUCUGAUUGAAUUGUGCAAACUUCAACCUGGCUCUUUACCACAAGUUCUUGCACAAGCCACAGAAAUGCUGUACAUGCGUUUGGAUACAAUGAACACUACGUGUAUAGACAGGUUCAUGAACUGGUUUUCCCACCAUCUGAGUAACUUUCAGUUCCGUUGGAGCUGGGAAGAUUGGUCAGACUGUCUUACUCACGAGCUUGACAAGCCCAAACCCAAGUUUGUAAAAGAAGUCUUGGAAAAAUGCAUGAGGCUUUCAUAUCAUCAGCGAAUAAUAGAUAUUGUUCCUGCUACAUUCAAUGUCCUUAGUCCUGCAAACCCAUCGUGUAUUUAUAAAUAUGGAGAUGAAAGCAAUAAGUCUCUGCCGGGCUAUACUGUUGCACUCUGUUUGACCAUUGCCAUUAAAAACAAGACAAGUAAUGAUGAAAUCUUCGGCAUCUUAAAAGAUGUGCCCAAUCCUAACCAGGAUGAUGAUGACGAUGAAGGAUUCACCUUUAACCCCUUGAAAAUAGAAGUUUUUGUACAGACUCUGCUCCAUUUAGCUGCCAAGUCGUUCAGCCACUCAUUCAGUGCUCUGGCAAAGUUUCAUGAAGUCUUCAAAACACUCGCUGAAAGUGAUGAGGGGAAGCUCCAUGUGCUGAGGGUUGUGUAUGAGGUCUGGAAGAACCAUCCACAGAUGAUUGCUGUGCUUGUGGAUAAGAUGAUUAGGACACAGAUAGUUGAUUGUGCUGCCGUAGCAAACUGGAUCUUCUCUCCAGAGCUUGCUCAUGAUUUUACUAGGUUCUAUAUCUGGGAGAUCUUACACUCCACGAUUCGUAAGAUGAACAAGCACGUAGUGAAGAUCCAAAAGGAGCUAGAGGAGACGAAAGCAAGAUUAGCCAGGCAACACAAACGACGAGACAGUGAUGACGACGACGAUGACGAUGACCGAAGCAGCGAUAGGGAAGAUGGACCGUUGGAAGAGCAGAUAGAACGCUUGCAGGAGAAAGUAGAAUCUGCUCAGAGUGAACAAAAGAAUCUCUUCCUCGUUAUAUUCCAGCGUUUCAUUAUGAUAUUAACAGAGCAUUUAGUGCGGUGUGAAACUGGUGGGAUUGAUGUAAUUACGCCUUGGUACAAGAACUGCAUAGAGAGACUGCAGCAGAUCUUCUUACAGCAUCACCAGAUAAUCCAGCAGUACAUGGUGACCUUGGAGAACCUGCUCUUUACUGCUGAAUUGGACCAUCACAUAUUGGCUGUUUUUCAGCAGUUCUGUGCUCUGCAGGCCUGAGAGUUUUUCACAUGCCGAGUCGUAUCUGCAGGACUUGCACUGAUUUCAUAUUUUUAAACAAAAAGGGGAAAACUUGACAUGGGGAAGGAAGAAGCCUUGAAUGCAAGAUGGCUUGCCACGUUCUUCUGUGUAAACGAUACAGUACUCUAACAGACAUCAACUGUUUUAGCGUCCUAGGCCUUUGUUAUAACUGAUAGAGGACUGGUGUGGAAUAAUUAUGAAUUAUUUUAAUUUGUCCUUUAAUUUUAAAUGGUUUGAAUGUUGGCUUCAUCAUAGCAUUUGUUUGGUUUUUUUGUUCGUUUCUCCCCUCUGUCGUUUAUAUAAAAAUAAAUAGGAAAAAUAUUAGAGAAUUCGUUACCUCUGCCUAAUCCUUAAACCAAACAGAUCCCCAAAUUACCAUAAUGUGAAGCAGGUCAUAGAGCGUCUUGUGAAUGUGACAGACAUGCAACUCUUCAGUGAGCAACUUGAUAAAUUCUCUUUAGUUAGGCAGAGGAAAAAUAUCUUAACUUCAGGCAUGUGAAACGCUGAGUCAAGCUUACAAAGUAGUCUAGAGCAUAUGGGUUUAUUACCAAACUGAAUAGAUUUUCACAGUUUGAAAGAGAAUGUGGUUGAAAUACAGUUGAAAUAUGUUUUUUAAA